AUGACCUCAGUUUCAAGUCCAGAAAAGGGCUCAAUCUCAGAGUCACGAUCAGAGGCAACCCAAGAUUGUAUUGUGAGUAGCACCCCUGCAAAAGGACAGGCAUGGGUUUCAGCACACUGUAUAGAGAUUCAGGGAGCAUUUUCCAGAGACAUGAAUAACUUGGGUGAGCUAGAAAUUAGCAAGGAAGAUCCCGCAAAAGACAUAUCUGAUUUAGCAAAGGAGACUUUGAUGAACGUCACCAACUUCUGUUCUCCUGGCCCAAUUAGUUUGGUCGGAAUGAAGAACGACGUGAUAUCUGAAUUACAGACCUCGAUUUACUUCAAAGCAUUCUUAGCGGCCUCGACGAUGUCUGAAUUUUGCUUCUUUUUUCCACACUUAAGCAGGCAUUUUUCUCAAUUUAGAAGAGGAAACCAAACCAUCGCUCGUGCUCUUUUUGCCGGGGUUCCCUGCUUGUCUUCUCACAGCUCGUUGAAUCAGAGCUCCCGGAAAGACUUGAGUCAUGUUUUGGAAAUCGUCGUCCAACUUUGUAGGGACGUUGAAAAUUCAGGAAUGGCAGAAGAUACGUAUUUUAAGAACUUAUCUAAGUUUCAAAAAUUGACUCCAAAAGACGAAAAUGUCUUAUCUAAUACUGAACAGCCUACUGUCGAUGUCAUUGUAAACCAUAAUGAUACUGAACAUUCUGAACAACCAAAGAUUAAGAUUCCUGUGGGUCGUGAUGAUCGCAAUGGGACUACCUCGGAUCUGCAAUCAUUUACAUGCAGAGAAAAUAAGGAGGCCUAUGUUGUCUUGGACGACACUCGGUACACCAUCUGUGGCGAUAAAGACACACAUUAUCUUCAAAACUUUAUCUGCGCUACUAAUUAUGGAAUCUCUUUUACACAUAAGAAAGAACUUUUGAGCGAUUACCAACCUAUGGGUACCCUGACUAUGAUUAACCUUUCAGGCAAAAUUCACUCAGUACCAGGAAAGGGCACAAUUUUUAUCGGCGGCCAUACGUUGACAUGUAAUUGGAUUCCUACAACAAGUAUCAGUAUAUUAAAUAUUAAUGAUUUCCUGAAGCUUGGUGAGCACUUGUUGAUAUACAGCAAUGGAGACGUCUAUGUUUCCAACAUUCUGCUGAGAACUCUCAACUACAUCGGUAAAGUUGAUGAGAAGAAACUGGUAAAUUGUCACGAAGAAACGCCAGACGAUGUACACGAAACACGAUCGAAACAUAAUGAAGCAAAGAGGUAUGAGAAUAGACACGCCAAUGCAACCUUCACAAUGGAGAAUAUACCUAAACAACCUGGGGUCCACAUUAAAGAGACACAAAAUCAGAAUGAAGACAAGAGGAGUAUCGAUGUAACUAAUCUCACUAGGUUGCUUAAGAAUGUAGCUCUACAACCCUUGUUUCGACUUCAUUGGGAAUCGGCAGGGGUAUUUGGGCAAAGAUCCAUUGCGUUCCUCACAGAUGAGUACACAUCGCAUGUAUGGAUGGUGGAUGGUGAUUCAAGGGAAUCGCUGUUCGGGAAGACAAAAUCAACAAUACAAAACAUUAUGAUUGAAUUCCCAUCAUUUGAAUGUGGUUUUGUCACGAAUGAAUAUGGGCUCAAUAUCCCCACGCCACAAUUUUUGAAUGUAAGGGAAGUGCAUGACUUGGGCUUACUUGCCAAAGACUCAGAGUCCAAAAUACCGUUCAAAACAAAGAAAAGCUUGUUUUUCCGCAAAGCAAACAGACUAUUACGUCGGGCGACAUCCCAUGAUUUGCUCGGCCAGCUCCUUUCUUUGUCAGCCUUAAACUAUGUGCUUUUGACACAUAACCUCACACCACCACCCAAUGGACGAGUACCCUAUGAUAUGCUCAGAUCCACCUGGCUGGCUACUACAAAAUCUUUUGCUCCUUUUGGAUGUGAUGCAUUGGUGAGAGUAGAACCAAAAAUAAAUGUCACAGCUACACUUGUGCCUGGGGCUGACGAAGUGAUCAGGGCUAUGACUCAAAACACAGAAGACUUGAAUAAUAAUCGGCUAAAUGGCAUCUACAUUGGCUCUCAUCAGUCAAACAUUGAUCUUCAUUUGAUUUGGAUAAACUUUGACACGCCUGGUCAAAAAAUGAAUGUGAUUCAAGCCAGAAUCGUUGAAUUUAAUGAAAGUUUCAACAAUAUUAAAAUUGCUGGGAAUGGCAUACUGCGCAUCCAGAAAAGAUUAUUGAAGCGUCAUAUGUAUCUGUCACCCGUUCCCUCAAAAUACAGUAACUUAAAGGUGAAUAGUUUUCAAGAUCUAGGCAUUGAGAACAAGGCCGAGAUCAUGGUGAUUGAUCCUUCUUACAACGUCGUCGCAACUUUUCCAAACACGACUCUGAACAAUAAGUCUCAUAGUUCUCUUGAUGAUUUUCGAAACUUUCGGCUAGACAUUCUGGUACAGGAUGGCAUAAAGAGCUUCAAGGGACAACUCAAUGGUAUGAUUGACGGAAACCAAGACAACACAGCGAGUGAUACGGAUGAUCCACAUCCUAGUCAGGCUUUAUUCAACAAGAUUGAAACGGACUCCAUGAGAAAUAGAAAAUACCUGAGGUAUCGUGGCUUUGAUCCAAGAACAACUUUCAAUCCGGUCAAUACUGAUAGUGGAUACACAGAGAGUAUGUUCGCCGCAAAAAAAGUCUUUGUCACGAGCAACAAAUUUGAUGGCACAGCGCGAUCUUCUAAUAGUGAAAACAUUUUUUCAGCUUCAUUGAAACAUCCACCAAAAUAUUCGUUUGCCACUUCUGGGAGCACCCCUGAAACUGCCUCGAAUAUUCAUGACCCUGCAGUGGUGUUCAAACAGACUACUCUUUUCAAUCCUACCACGCACGGUACUUCAGUAUUUGGCGCCAACACCGCGAACUCCAGUUCGUUUGGCCAAACGCCUAACUUCAAAAAUUUGUUCAAAACAGACUGUGGUCUUAAAGGAGAUAUGAAAGAACAAACAACACUCUUUGGCAAAAACACCGAAAAUAAAUCUACGCUGCUUUUCCAAAAGCUUCUGAAAAAUGGACCUGAUGUCAAAAGCGAAGAUGGAAAAGGCCACUUGUCUUUCUCGUUUUGUAGUGGAUCAGGUUCGAGUGACCCCAAGUUCCAGUUUCCCAAGAUAUCGGGCUCCAAAGAAGAUCUCAAGCGACUGGAAGUGUUUGACUUCAGACUUCCUUCUAAACCUUCGGAAUCCGACUAUCCAAAAGGCAAUUUAUUCGGAUCUGGUGGAAACAUUAAAUCUGCUUUGCCUGGAGAAUUCACAUUCACUUCCCAAAACACGACUUAUGUGUCUAAUAAGAACGGGGCAUUUGCUACACGGAGAUAA